CUCAUGGUCAUGACUCAUGGUGUAUUAAAUUAAUUAAUUUUUGUAGAGAAUAUAUCCGAUCUUUUUCAUUUUGGCUUCAAACAGCCGAACCGCCAACGAGUUCCAACUCCCAUCUUCGCUGUUCUUUGUAAUCCCUCCCUCCGCACUCCUCCUUUACCAAUUUAAUACUACUAAUAAUACCAGUGUUAGCUUCUUCUCACUUAAUUUGUUCCGUGGUUACACUUCGAACGCUUUAAUUCGAGGUUCGAUCAAUCGGGGCUUGGCUUCCUCUACAGCGAUUUCAUCGAGGAGGAUUGAAUUUCUCUGAAGUUCUGCAUAGUUGACAGAUCAUUUUAUCCUUCAUAGAUUUUCUGAUUUAGGCAGAAUUCGAGUUAGGUUUUACGAGAUGGCUUCCAAGGAUCAGAAGCAAGGUGGUGGUUUUUUCUCGUCGAUCGCUUCUAGCUUGUCUAAUUUUGGCAGUGCAAUGCACAAAUCUGUUAACGGGUUGCUAGGUUAUGAUGGACUGGAAGUUAUAAAUCCAGAGGGAGGCAAAGAAGAUGCAGAGGAGGAAGCUCAGCGAGGAAGAUGGAAGAAGGAGGAAAGAGACAGUUACUGGAAGAUGAUGCACAAGUAUAUUGGUUCAGAUGUUACAUCAAUGGUGUCACUUCCAGUCCUCAUUUUUGAGCCAAUGACUAUGCUUCAGAGAAUGGCUGAGUUAAUGGAGUACUCCUACUUGUUAGAUCAGGCAGAUGGAUGUGAAGACCCUUACUUGCGGCUGGUAUAUGCUUCAUCAUGGGCAAUAUCUGUCUACUAUGCUUACCAACGAACUUGGAAGCCUUUUAAUCCCAUACUUGGUGAGACAUAUGAAAUGGCCAAUCAUGGUGGGAUUACAUUCAUUGCAGAGCAGGUGAGUCACCACCCCCCAAUGAGUGCUGGACAUGCUGAAAAUGAACAUUUUAUCUAUGAUAUUACUUCAAAGUUGAAGACCAAAUUUUUAGGAAAUUCAGUUGAUGUCUAUCCUAUUGGAAGGACAAGAGUGACUCUUAAAAGAGAUGGUGUUGUCCUAGAUCUGGUUCCCCCUCCCACCAAAGUUAAUAACCUUAUAUUUGGAAGGACCUGGGUUGAUUCACUUGGGGAGAUGAUCAUGACGAACUUGACAACUGGUGACAAAAUUGUACUAUACUUUCAGCCAUGCGGCUGGUUUGGGGCUGGUCGUUAUGAAGUGGAUGGGUAUGUAUAUAAUGCUGCUGAGGAACCUAAAAUAUUGAUGACUGGGAAAUGGAAUGAGUCAUUGAGUUAUCAACCAUGUGAUAUGGAAGGAGAGCCCCUUUCUGGCACUGAACUCAAAGAGGUCUGGAGAGUUGCCGAUGUUCCAAAGGAUGAUAAGUUCCAGUAUACGUAUUUUGCACAUAAAAUAAACAGCUUUGACACAGCACCUAAGAAAUUGUUGGCAUCAGAUUCUCGUUUACGUCCUGAUAGAUAUGCACUUGAAAAGGGUGAUCUAUCCAAAGCUGGUUCUGAAAAGAGCAGUCUGGAGGAGAGACAGAGAGCCGAAAAGAGAAACAGAGAAGCAAAUGGUCAUCAGUUUACUCCACGAUGGUUUGACAUGACAGGUGAAGUGACCCCUACACCAUGGGGUGACUUAGAAGUGUACCAAUACAAUGGAAAAUACACACAACAUCGGGCUGCUUCAGAUAGCUCAGACGGUAUUGAGGAAGUUGAUGUCAGAUCAAUUGAGUUCAACCCCUGGCAGUAUGGCAACUUGACUACAAAGUGAGGUUUUCUUAUGCAUGUUUGUUUUCUUUUCUUUCUGUUUUUUUUUUUUUCCUCUGGUAGCUGAAACAAUCGGAAACAGUUUAGAUGUGAUUUGUAGAAAUUAUUGUAUUUGAGUGUGUACAUGGCAUAUCUUUUCGUAUUCUUAUUAUUAUAUUAAUUGGUUCAAGUACAUUUAGUCAUUGUUAC